AAGGCAAAGCAGGGGAAGGGGUGAAGUGAAUUAUGGAGGCAGGCAGGGGAGUAAAUGAUGGCGGUGUGGAGGAGGUGCUGCUCCACCAGGAGAAGCAUUUUACGGCUGGAGAGGUUGUGCGCGACGUUAUAAUAGGGAUGUCUGAUGGCCUGACUGUGCCCUUUGCCCUGGCGGCGGGGCUUUCCGCUGCUACUGCAUCAUCUUCCAUCAUCGUCACUGCUGGAUUGGCUGAGGUCGCUGCGGGGGCCAUCUCCAUGGGACUCGGCGGAUAUCUUGCAGCAAAAAGUGAAGCUGAUCACUACGUGAGGGAGAGAAAUCGUGAGCAAGAAGAAAUAAUAACAGUACCAGACACUGAGGCUGCUGAGGUGGCAGACAUUCUUGCAAAAUAUGGAUUGCAUCCCAAUGAAUAUUGGCCUGUUGUCAAUGCACUGCGGAAGCGCCCUGAUGCGUGGCUUGAAUUUAUGAUGAGAUUUGAACUGGGUUUGGAGAAGCCAGAUCCUAUGAGAGGACUGCAAAGUGCAUUCACCAUAGCUAUAGCUUAUGUGAUUGGAGGUUUGGUUCCAUUAAUUCCUUAUAUGUUCAUACCAAUUGCUAAAAAUGCCCUAAUGAUAUCUGUAAUAGUCACGUUAAUAGCUCUGCUAUUCUUUGGCUAUGUAAAGGGCUAUUACACUGGAAAUAAGCCCAUUAGAAGUGCCAUUCAAACUGCAGUAAUUGGGGCAUUUGCCUCGGCCGCUGCUUUUGGUAUUGCUCGAAUUAUACGACCAUGAAUUUGUCAAAGAAUUUUGAGUUCCAUCAGUUGUUUGCUAUAACAUUUAAUAUAUUGCUGGAUCACUGAUUUGGUAAGUGUACUAAGUAUUUUUCUUUUCUAAUUUUUCUUGACUUGAAAAAAAG